UUUAUUCUGUAUCUGUUGUCCGAAGUGGAAUUGAUUUCUUUUCUGAUUAAUUUCUUAGUUCAAAACCUUUGUCAGUAUGCAUGGUAGAGUUUAUCCGUUCGAGAAAAGUUUGUGAGAAAGAAAAUUUUCUCAGAAACUUUUUUUUUAAUUUGAUCGUCGGUGCGACUAUUGGUUGAUAUCGUAAAUAAAUUAAGUCAUAGGUGUCUAAAAAGUGUUAUAACAUUAUUUUAAAGAAAUAAUUUUGUUGGGAGAGAGAGAGUGUGUGUUUAGAUAAAUGCGAACCGUUUUUUUCUUUUUGCUCAGACAACGAUCAGAUACAGUUUUCUUUCAUUUAUAUAAUAAGUGAGAUUUGAUUGGAACUAUGCAUAAAACAACCUUUUCGAUGAAUUUCAUUAUAUUGUCGAUGUCGACGUCGUGAUAUUUAAAAAUUCGUUGCUGAAAGUGAGUUGUGUGAUUAUAGUUUUGGUGUUACGGAAAGAGCAACGUCCACCAAAAAGGGUCUACAAAUUUUUUUUAAUUUGGAUAUGUAAAAGGCGAUAAAACGAGGAAGUGAUCAAAACUUUGGAAUAUUUUCAAAUUUAAACCGUUAAUAUUAAACAGAAAAACGUAACUCAACGAAAGAGACAGUUGGUGAAAACGUAUAAAAUCUACUGUUUUGCUACUUGAUAAAUUGUUCAAAGACAUCAACAUGGAAAUAAUUAAUCACAAUCGAGUCUAUCAACCAAUCAUAGAAGAGAAGCUAACACCAAUACAGAGCUUCCUAUCGGGUUCAAACAUUUUUAUAACCGGAGGUACAGGUUUUCUUGGAAAAAUGCUCAUUAAUAAACUGCUUACAUCAUGUCCCAGCAUUGACACGAUUUACUUACUUAUUCGAAAUAAGAAAGGAAAAGAUGUACACACUAGAGUGGAAGACAUAUUUCACGAUUCGGUUUUCGACGCAAUGAAACGAAAAGUGCCAAAAUAUCGCCAUAAAAUUCAAUGCAUCGCUGGUGAUUGUAUGCUGCCCGGUUUAGGAAUCACAUCAAUGGACAAACAGAUAUUAGUCAAAAAUGUAAAUAUAGUGUUUCACAUGGCCGCCACAGUUCGAUUCGAUGAGAAAUUGAAAGUGGCAAUGCAAAUCAAUGUUCAAGCAUGCAAAGACGUAAUGCAAAUCUGCAGUGAAAUGCUACAUUUAAAAAGUGUUGUUCAUGUGUCGACCGCUUACACACAAUGUCCGCAAAGGCGAGUGGACGAACGUUUUUACGCUCCACCCAUUGACUCAGGAAAAAUGCUCAUUAUGACUGAAUGUGCUUCGGACAAACUAUUGGAAAGCAUCACCCCAAUAUUGUUAGACAAAUGGCCCAACACUUAUACGUUCACCAAAGCCAUUGCAGAAGAUGUGAUUAAUCAACAUGGCAAAGGUAUGCCGAUUGGAAUGUUUCGUCCUGGCAUAGUUAUAUCUACGUAUAAAUUUCCGGUGUCCGGAUGGAUAGAUAACUUUUACGGCCCAACUGGAGCAAUCGCUGGAGCUGGGACUGGGGUCAUUCGAACAUUAAGAUGCAAUCCGAGUGCUAAUGCAAAUAUGGUACCAGUCGAUUUGUGUGUCAAUGGAAUAAUAGCUACUGCCUGGGAUGUAUCGAAUCGAUACAAUACAAAGAUCUCCUUCGACCAUGAGACACCGGUGUACAAUUUCUGCACGUCGACCGACAAUCAAUUGACUUGGGGUGAUUUUACAAUAAAAACAACCAAAUACGGUCUAAUGUAUCCGACUUUGAAGUCAAUUUGGUAUCUGUGCUAUGCAAACAAUCCGAACAAAUUGAUGCAUUUGCUCUCAAUAUUCUUUCUUCAUUACGUACCAGCAAUUAUAAUCGACGCAUUUGCCUUAAUGAUCGGGAAGAAACCGAGACUGCUCAAUACGUACAAAAAAAUACAUCGGUUCAUGAACGUCAUUGAGUACUUUUCGAUGCGGCAAUGGGAUUAUCAGAUGGAUAAUAUGAUUGGGCUGUGGCACAAUUUAACGAAGAAAGACAAGGACAUCUACUUCUUCGAUAUGAGCCAAUUGGACUGGGAUCUGUUUUUGCAGCACUAUUUUCGUGGCAUUCGGCAAUAUUUACUAAACGAUCCAUUAGAUACCAUACCGGAGGCAUUGAUCAGAUGGAACCGACUGUAUUGGCUACAUCAAGGUGUGAAAGUGCUUGUGCUUGGGCUGUUCGUACGUUUAGUAUGGUGGUUAACUUCAUUUUUCUUGUAAAGUUAAACUACUUCUCCCAGAGUAUUCCCUUCACCUUUCUACGUUAAACGUUUUACUAAAUUUAAGGUAGAAGCAGUUGUUUGUUGUAACGUUUUUUUUAUAGCAAUAUAGUUACGAUUUUAGUCGAGUGAUUAAUUUCCUUUUGUAAUUCAAUCUAAUUCUCAAAUAGAAAAUUUUUCCUUUUUAAAAUAAAACUUUUGUCUCUCAAAAUCUCCAAA